AUGCAAAAACUGAGGUCCAAACGUGCAUUGCUGAAGGGAGCUGUUACACGUAUUUGCACGUUUGUGAAUAGCAAUGGCAUCGAUCAACCCAUUGAAGAUUGGGAGUGUCGCUUGGAACGUCUGGAGGAGAUUUGGGUGGACAUUGUUCGGGUAUUGAUCGAGAAGAGCGACGACGAGGAAGGGAUGCAUGUUGAGAUCAAGGCAGACUGGGAAGAAUUUGAAGAGCGAAUGCUCUGCAUAAAAAGCAAACUACGGUUGCACAUAGCUGAAAACUCUCGAGUAACGGCAGUUACAUCAGCUACAUUUAAAUCAACUCAUCAAGAUGCUGCAGUAACGACAACUUCUAUAGGUCAGUUGUUGAUUAAUUUGCGUAAGAUAUACGAUGGCGCAGAUGAGGUUUUGCGUGGAUUACGCGCCUUAGGAGAAGAGGCAGAGAAACGCGAUAUCUGGCUUAUACAUCUUUUAUUAUCCAAGAUUGAUCCAGCUACCACUAGAGAGUGGGCUAAAUUACAUAAAUCUAAAAUUGAUUUUCCUACCAUUAAUGAGUUCCUUAGUUUUCUAGAUACCACUAGUCUCGCCUUGGAAUCUGCUGUACUGACAACAACAUCACCUACUCGCCAACGCAUAGUUUCAGUGAAGGCUCAUCAAACAACAGUAACCAGGUCAAUGCCUUGUGUGAAGGGCAAUGAUACUCACGAGUUACCUCAGUCCAGCGCGUUUUCUAGAUUGGAUAUUAAGGAACGACGGGACUUUGUGGUCAGUAAACCCAUUUGCUUGAACUGCUUGAGAGUGGGACACAUAUCAGCCAAUUGCCGCUCUAAAUUCUCUUGCCGCAUCUGUCGCAAACGUCAUCAUAGUCUCCUUCAUCAAGACACCAUUGAGGCAUCACUACAACGAGAGCGUGAUGAGCAAGCGGUGACCGUCAACUUCAACGCAUUGCCAGAAAUCAACACACUCCUUCCUACAGUGGUGUGCGAGGUUACUGAUUGCAAUGGUGAGCAACAGCAGUGUCGCAUGUUAUUAGACAGCGGCUCGGAAAAAACAAUAAUCUCCGAAAAUUGCGUGCAGCGUUUGGGUUUACGUCGUCAGCACUCAAGAAUACCAAUACAUGGCUUAAACAACAUAGCUACAGGUGUUUCCCAUGGCUGGGUCUCCCUUCAUAUAACCUCCAUGGUGGAUGGUGAAUCAUUCAAUGUCGAAGCUCUGAUUAUGCCAACAAUUUCUUCAUCCGUCCCGGUGCAACGUCUUGAUAAAGCACAAUACUCAUCAUUUCUAUCACUUGAUCUAGCUGAUCCGACAUUUUAUAUUCCUUCGCCCAUUGACAUUCUUUUAGGGAGCGACAAAUUCUUUGAAAUAUUGAAGGGUAAGAAGAUCAACAACAAAAGCCCAAAUUUGAAAGCAUUUUCGACAACACUUGGGUGGAUUGUGACCUUACUUGCCGUGUAA